GGAACCUCGGGCGCGGAGGAAAGAGCGCUGAGAGCCCAAGUGACUCAACGGCAGAUAGAUAGAUAGCUGAUAAAACCAGAAUGCGCUAACAUUCUCGAAAUACAGUUCGAAAACAACAACAACAAGAAUUGAACUAAUAAGAAGCGUCUGAGAAUCAGAUCCAGACCCAGUUUGGUGUGAACACCAUCCAUGCAAACAAAAAAGACGCAUUUUGUGUUAUGAUAAGAAGGAAACCCUGAAUCAAAAAAAAAUUAUAGGGGGAAAAAAAAGUGGAUUUUCUUACCUUUUUGGGACAAACAAAAAGGAAAGAAAGCAAGCAAGAUACAUUAAGGAGGAAGAUCAGCAAAAGGGAGAGAGAGGAAGAAGAAGAAGAAGAAGAAGAAGAGAAAGAAGAACACAGCAUCUGCACCGCUCUCGUCCCAAAGGGGCUACCUGCUGAUCUGUCAGUGCACGCGACUCUGCAAGCCACACACACUCCAAACAGAGAUGGCUGCAGCCAAGACAGAGCUUCUUCCUGCUCUGCAGAUCUCAGACCACCUGAGCUUCCCUCACUCCCCCAUGGAUAACUACCCCAAGCUGGAGGAGAUGAUCAUGCUCAACUCUGCGGGGAUCCUGAACGCCUCCGCACACGAGGGUAACGGUUUUGGCUCUGGGGAACCCGGCGAGCAUUACGACCACCUGACUGGAGAUACUCUUCCAGAAAUUGCCCUGAGCUGUGAGAAGUCCCUGGCUGAGCAGAGUUAUGCCUCUCAGCGGCUGCCCCCCAUCUCCUACACGGGCCGCUUCACUCUCGAACCCGCCACCUGUAGCAACAGCUUGUGGGCGGAGCCACUGUUCAGCCUGGUCAGCGGAUUGGUUGGUGUUAACCCACCCAUGACUUCAAUCACAUCGUCGUCAAACUCACAAGUCACUCCCUCCUCCUCACCUGCUUCAACUUCAAGCAUGUCCUCCGUUUCCUCCUCCUGUUGUUCAACAUCAUCCUCAACAACAUCUAGUCCAAGCCUCAGCUGCUCUGUGCACCAGAGUGAGCCCAACCCCAUUUAUUCAGCCGCUCCAACCUACUCCAGUGCCAGCCCUGACAUCUUUCCUGAGCCUACUGCCAACUUCCCAUCAGCGGUGGGUAGCAACCUGCCAUACCCACCCCCAGCUUACCCCAGCAGCAAAGCAUGUGGCACCAGUUUUCCAGUUCCUAUGAUCCCCGACUACCUGUUUCCCCAGCAGCAGAGUGAGAUCGGCCUCGCUCCUGUUGAGCAGAAGCCCUUUCAGACACAGCAGCCUUCACUUACACCACUCUCCACCAUCAAGGCCUUUGCCACACAGACUGGCUCACAGGAGCUGAAGAGUGUCUACCCAACGCAGCUCAUUAAGCCCAGUCGUGUGCGCAAAUACCCAAACCGGCCAAGCAAGACACCACCACACGAGCGGCCCUACGCCUGCCCUGUGGAGACGUGCGAGCGGCGCUUCUCUCGCUCCGAUGAGCUCACGCGCCACAUCCGCAUCCAUACAGGCCAGAAACCCUUCCAGUGCCGUAUCUGCAUGCGCAACUUCAGCCGCAGCGACCACCUCACCACUCACAUCCGCACACACACUGGUGAAAAACCUUUUGCCUGCGACAUCUGCGGACGCAAGUUUGCCCGCAGCGACGAGCGCAAGCGUCACACUAAGAUCCACCUGCGGCAGAAAGACAAGAAGGCUGACAAAGCCACCUCGGUCUCGACCACUAUCCAGAACUCAAUCACCUCUGUCUCCAUUUCAGUCCCCUCACCCGUGUCAAGCUACCCAUCCCCUAUCGCCUCGUACCCAUCUCCAGUCUCUUCCUUCCCUUCUCCGGUAGCAUCAUGCUAUUCCUCGCCUGUGCAUACCUCCUACCCAUCUCCCUCUAUCGCCACCACUUACCCAUCUCCUUCCACCACCUUCCAGUCCCCCAUGGUCACCUCCUUCCCAAACUCUGUGGCCAGCAACAUCUACAACUCUCCCGUGGCAACGCCGCUGACCGAUAUUCAGACGUCGCUUUCUCCACGGACAACUGAAAUCUGCUGAGACUGUUCUCCAUCCUGUCCUCCCAGUCUUCACAUUUGCUCCCGUCUGAGAGGGUGAGAAAGACUUGUUAAUCUCUGAAUUUCCCCCCCUCUGCAAAAAAGCACUUUUUUGGCCACACUCUCCAUGAUGCUGAGUUAAAUAUUCCAAAUGGUCAAGGACUCGAAAAGACAUCUGAUACGAAAAGGGACAUUUUUCUUUCAUUCUCUCGCUUCAAACGAGGAUUUCAAGACUUUUAAGGACGACAAAGUAAAGCAACAGGCUUCGGCAAGUUUCUUAGAUUUCCUCUGAGUGUACAAACGAGGAAAAGGACCUUAUUGUUGUAAACUAAUGCCUGCAGGUUUCAAGCUCAAAUGUCCUCAAGGCAUUUACAAACAGACAUUAAAUAAUAUACAUAAGCUACAAUAUAUGUAUAUUGUACACGUGCCAUGUUUGAAAUUUUCGUUUGUCUGUUUGUUUUUACUUUUUAGUACCAUUGUUGUGGAAAUUGAUUUUGACUAUUUUCAUUGUAUUAUCCUAAAUUGAGCAGGGCCAUAUUUUAUACAUUCUGUAGUAUGUAGUGAAAAUGCUGUGAUAAGUUUUUUGUUUUUGACUUUGUUUGGAUAAAGAGCACUUACGUAUUCUGACGCAUGUGUAAGAGUAAUGUUACUUUCUCUCUUUUUGUAAAUAUCAUCUGCUGGUACUAUUUCUCUCUUUCUUUCUUACUCUCACACUCUCUCUCUCUCUCUAUUUCAAAUGUGACAUCAAAAAAGGUCUGCUAAGUGGAGGGAAUUAUUACAGAGAUUUUUAAAAAAAGCAUCAAAUCUUAAACAUUUUCGGUGCCUUUUGAGAAGCCUUGCAGAUAUUCUGACAGAUACGCGCGAGUGGAUGCUUUGCAUCUGGCCUUAAGGGUUAAUGGAUUUUUAUUUUCUUUCUUUUAUUUUCUUUUAUUCAGAAAGUCAUUUCAAGGAAACGAAGGGAAACAAUCCGAGGGCACUGCUUCAUGUUUUCUGGGAUGUAAGCAAAAAAAGAAAUCUAUAUUUUUGUAACUGAAAUGUACAUAUCUACCGGAGUUGGAAUGCUGUAGUUACCUACUGAGUAGGCAUGGGAUUUUUUGUAUGUUAUUUACAUGCAGUCCAUUAUUUUGUUGUUAUUUUUAUUUUGUAUUUGUGUUUGUUUAGAAAAGUGACUGUUUAUGGCUUCUAAACACAUUGAAUGCGCUUAACUGCCAGUGGGAUAUUUGGUGUACAAGAUAUCCUUCCUAAACAGAUACAUGAAUAAAUAUAAAAAUAUAUAUAUAGAAUAUAUAUAUAUAUAUAUAUAUAUAUACAAUGUUCAAA